AUGCGCUCCCCGCUUCUGCCAGUCGCCAUUGUCGCUACGACCCUCGCCAUCCUCCCCGCUGCUUCAGCAGACUCCUCCUCGAAACGCGGCCUUUGCUUCGUUCCGAAUGCGAAAUGGCCACAGGACAAUUACAUCUGGACGCGUAGCCCCUCGGAUUUAACAUGGUACUACAACUACGGCCCGUCGCCGUCGCCGGUUUACAACAACUUGACGCAACAAGACUUCGAGUUUGUUCCUAUGCUUUGGGGCGCGCCGAGCGACGUCAAUGAUACGACCUUUCUCACGACGGUAAAGAACCUGGUAGACCAAGGCACCAACAUUACAAACGUCUUGACUUUCAACGAGCCCGAUAUGGCUACCUCCGGAGGGAGCAGCGUUGACCCCUCGUUCGGCGCCCAGGUCUGGGUGAACAAUAUCAUCCCGUUGCAAGAAAUGGGCAUUCGCGUUGGGCUACCUGCACCGACUGGUGGUUGGGGUGGUCUGCCUUGGCUCCGACAGUUCUUGGGCAAUUGCUCCGAACUCAUCAGCGACGGCCAGAAGACCAAGAAGAACUGCACCUACGACUUUGUGGGGGUCCACUGGUACGGAAAUUUUGAGGGAUUGGCGAGCCAUCUUGGGGAGUAUGCUGCGGCAUUCCCGAACACAAGCAUGUGGGUCACCGAGUACAACAUGGAUAACCAAGCGCUCGAGUACACGCAGUGGUUCUACAAUGCAUCAGCCGACUAUAUGGACAAGCUCGAUUACGUUGAGCGGUACUCGCUUUUCGGUGCUUUCCGCUCCUCUGUCUCAAACGUUGGCCCCAACGCUACCAUGCUCAGCGCAGGAGGCCAGCUCACAGAUAUUGGAGCAUGGUAUUUGGGGGAACAGGCAACCGGCGUCAAGCCCACAGACAAGUCUCCAGCCCCGAGGCUUUCAAUACCCUUGUGGUCAUUGCUGGCGGCGCUGUUGGCUAUAGUAAUUAUGGUCGUUUCAUAA